CUUUCGCCAACACAUUUGUUUCUUUUCUCGCCUCAACAGUUCUUACGGGAAACGAACCCUCAAUCUAAACGUAUCGAGCUAUACCAUUUCACCGAGUCGACGAGAAAAGCUGCGCCCGCACACUUUUGCUGCUGGCGCUCUCGCCUAAACAAAUGAAAAAAGCAGCAGCCAUGCCGGCUUCGUUGAAGGAGCGAUCAAGUCGGCUGCAGAUGUUUGCACGCCCCAGAUCCGACAACGACAUCAACUCCAAUGCGAAUAUCGAUGUGCCCGCAACUGCGGCAACACAGCAGAGCCGCGAGCCAGGGCGCUAUCAGAGCUCUGCUCCGGUUCUCACGUCCGUCGCAGAGCGAAGAGAGCUGGCAGACAGCGCUCGAGUGCCUGUGCCGAAUGGAAAUGCUCGCCAGCCUGCCGUACACCAGCGGAGAUUUAGCCAGCCGCCGCCCGAAUCAGUGCAGCAGUCUCAUUCGCAGUCUCCGUCCAGCCGUCAUAUCGAUAUCUUUACCGGCUCCCAAUUGGGCGACAGCUUUAUGAAUUCAGGCCUAACGACGCCGCUGUACGAGCCAUCAGAGGCCGAGCCGGAUCCAAUAACCCAAAAGAGGCCCACUGUCGCUGUUCCUGCCACUACAUCUGCUGCUCCCAUUGUGAGAGCUCCUCCUCGCUACAAUUUUGACAAGAAAUUUCCUUCCAGUGGCGGUCUCGCCUUUCAGAUUGGAGAGGAUCUUCGCAUGAAGGUUGUACCGGUCUCGGGCACCAAGCAUCACAACCCUUCCUACAUGAACGACGGUUUUAAUAGAGGCGCCGCCAAUGGAUAUAGCAGACCCGCCCCAAAUUAUCGAACAAGCUACACUCGACCAGAGUCAUCGCCAGAGAAACAACCCAAUCUGCCGUUGCGCGAAGUUAGGCUUCGACAUGUGCCAAGAGCGAAGCAAAUCGACUAUGACGAUAGACAAAAGAGGAGUGCAUCUCCUGCCUAUGACAACAGGGGGCGAUACUUGAGAGACAGAGAGGAGGGUGGCCGCCCUGUGUCCAGAUUCCAGGGGCUAGCAGAGGUGGAGAUGGGAGGCAGAAGGAUAGAGCUCAUUGAUGAAGACGAGAAUAGAGACCAAGAUGAUGGCACGUCUACCAUAGGCGGGCGUGAAGAUGGACGCGAAACUCCGAGAAUGAGGAGGCACCUCUUAUCGCCACAACGAGCUGCUUUCGAGAACGCCUUUACAACAACCAUGCCACCUUUUAGGCCGUCGGCGCCAAAAGAUAGGAAGCGGAGAAGGCAAAGCCUUGACUAUGAUGAUAUGGCUUUAAGCAACAUGAACUACGCUGAACUCCAAAAAGAAGCAUUCGACUUUGACCCCUCCAAGUUAACGGCGCAUGUUGGUGCAGGCGGCAGUGCGGACACUCUCAAUGCGAAGCUGGAGCAAUACCAACACCAGACUGAGGAGGACCAGCACGUCAUGUUCAAAAGCAUGAAUGCCGAUGACUGGGAAGAAGCUGGGGAUUGGUUCGCUGACCGGUUCGGCGAGAUUAUGCACAAGUUGCGGGUGGCCAGACGGAACAAGCGCCGAAUGAUACAGGAGUUUGAACAAGAGGCAGCUUCUCGAGAAGAAGCUGUCCGGCUGCAGACGGAGGCAAUCGACCAGAAGCUAUCCAAAAUGAAGCAGGAUGGCUUGCGUGUGGUUAACACUAAGGAGGGCAGCCAGCAGGUCGCCAAGUGAGUUUUGGCUGUGAUUGGAAUUACUUUUAAUUUGCUUGCAUUAUUUGUCACUGGCAUUUUGGAGCAGGAGUUUGGCGUAUUCGAAUGAAUUCUUUUUUUUUUCUUUCUUUUUUACUAUUAUGAUUCUGUUUAGGCUUGACCGGAUGGAAUGGGAAAACACUGGCCAUGGCAAGGAGUAUAUCUCUGAACCUGGAGGAAUGGUAGCGAGGCAAAACUUAGGCGUUGAAAGUUAACAAACGGUCGACUUGGGGGAGUAGAGAUUGUUGUGGGAUAUAAUGGAAAUGUCCUAGUUGAGGUUUCUCCAUCUUGCG